AUGCGUUGCGGCGUCGCACCGCAGAGCCAAAGCAACGUAGAGUUCGCGCCUCCAGUAGGCUACAAAGAGGAGCGUCACGUCUCAAAGGGUGAGAGUGGCGCGGACGGCAUGGACGAAGACCCUGCUGGUAUGAUGCCCGAGCCGAGUGGCUUCGUGGCCUUCAGCGGGGAGGGAAACAGGCUGGAUGGGAAGAAAAAGAAGCUUACCAGCGAGAGCGAAUCGGAACCUUCGAAUUCUAGACAGGCAUAUGUGAGAGGUAUUCCAGACUACGACUUUGUUAUUGGCACCCUGAGGUUCAUCAGAAACUCGCGGCCAACUACUGCGACGCAAGAGGAGACGCCAGUGGAGCCAUUCGAAGCCUUCAAGGGUGAAGGGUUCACAUUACGGACUGCUAAAACCAAGAGCGACUAACGAAAAAGUAACUGAUUUAAGAUGUUAAAUACCCUAGACACACAGCCAGCGCCUAAAACUUGGCACGAAAAAAUAGUACUUAAAACGCCGUAUAAGCACUUUUGCUCGGAGCCGCGCGAUGAACGAAUAUUCAAUAUUACAAAGAUUAUGGUCUGUGAAAAAAUGCUUUCACGACUUUAAAGGUACACGGCUAUUGGCCCGCGCUAGACGCACCGCACGCAUAUAUUUAAUUUCUUUAAUUUGCUUUGUAUGACUGAUUUCACAUAGUGCUGCGUAAAUGCCAGCGUUAACAUACAAAGCAAAGAUCUCCUUUGCAUGCCGUGCUUGCGGUGCGUCCAGUGCGGGCCAAUGCAUGCGUACCUUAACAAGGAUAGGAUGUAUUAUUUCUUCAAAAGUAAAAAAACAUACUAAAACAAAGAUAAAUGAAAAUAACAAUUGAUUGUAGUUGUAUCUUUGCCCUAUAAAUUAUUAUAUGAGCUAGCUGCAUCCACUCCUGUGCUUGAUUAAUCCUCGACUAAAGCUAGUUGCCUGUUUGCAUUUUAAAAAGUAGGUAAACUCAGUCAUAUCAUAUGCAUUUGAAAUAAAACUGUAUGCCUGUGCUUUAAGGUCUACUUCUGAAUACUAAGACUUAUGUAUGUAUUAAAUAUUUUCAGCA